AUAAUAUUGCCAAGGAUGAUUGUGUCCCGCAGUAAUAAUUCGUCUAAAUUUACCUGUCUGACGUGUCGUCUAACGUUCAAUAAUUCUACGGAACAGCGUACACAUUAUAUAUCAGACUUUCAUUGUUUCAAUCUCAAGAGAAAGAUAAUUCAAUUAGGCCCUAUUACACAAGAAACAUUCGAGUCGAAAGUAAAAGCGCUUGAAGCCAAAUGUAUAAAUCCAGACAAAAUUAACGCAAAAUGCAGCAUAUGUCAAAAACGAUUUCAUUCAAAAGUACAAUAUCAGCAGCAUAUAGCCAGCAAAAAACACAUUUUAAAGUCGCAAUUAUCUGGAAUCAAAAAAAAUUCGUCGAGCUGUGCUCAAGAUGUUGCCGUAUACAGACCUGUGAUGAAAACCGUUCAUCCAUCAGCUGAGCAGCUUGAGACCAUGGAGGAUGAAGAUAUUUAUGAGUAUCGUAAAGAAAAUUUUCCAAAACUAGCUCUAGAAGACUGUCUUUUCUGUCGAUUGAAGUUUAAAUCCUUGGAUUUAAAUGUGGAACAUAUGGAGUAUGAGCACGGCUUUUACAUUCCUUAUCGCGAAUGCCUUAUAGACUUAGAAGGACUCAUAAGAUACUUAGACGAAAAAGUUGCCAUUGGUCUUAUUUGUUUGCAGUGUAAUACACACAGUAGGCAAUUCAAAACAAUAGAAGCAGUUCAAAAACACAUGCGUGAACUUUCUCAUACUCAGAUAUCCCUCGACACUGAAGAAGAGGAGGACGAGUAUGAGCCAUUUUAUGACUUUGAAGGUCUUAACAAAAAGAUAAGCGAAUUACCUGAAUUACAAGAAAAUGAAUUUGGGGAACUUGUGUUGUCUGACAAUGUCGUAUUCGGAAAUCGAAUGCUUGUUAGAUACUACAAGCAAAAAGCAUAUAGGCCGUCUAGUUGUGGGCUUACAAAGGGACUGUACGAUGAGUACCAGGUAGUUCUCUCCAAGCAAGAACUAUUGUCUAAAAUGCCACCGAAGGCAUGUAUUGAUCGGGAGAAAGUCAUGGCUCUGAAAGUAGGACUUCAAGCAAACAAGACACGACUUUUGAGAUUCAGAAGCGACUGUCCUAUUUAGUUUUGUUGUCUAAUGCUGUUUGAUUGUAUAUGCAGAGAGCACAUAACAUGUGCUUAUCUGACAUAUAGAAUAUUUUUUUCGAGAACUGUAGACUAUCUGCAAUAAUAGUUAUUUCAUGGAUUUGAAAAAAUUUUUAAGUUUGGCGACAUUUUUUCUGAAGGUGGCUUUCUUGCAAAAAGUGUGUAAAAUAAUAAAUAGCUGUUUCCGAUAUCAUAGUAAAUGUCAGCACCGUCCUAAAUCUAUGUUUCUAUAACCAUGCCUGGGGUUGAAUCGGGUGAUUCAUUGCAUAUUGAUGAAAGGUUAGAGAUUUUCAGUGAUCAGAAGUUUGAUGCUAAAGCGUGGAUUAAUAAUGCCGUUUCGACAGCAUCGUCUAAAGUGAGUUUGCUAAAAGUGUCCGACCUGCGUACAAGCUGUCAGCAGCUUGCCACGGAAUGUAACCACUCGAUUAACGGGUUGUACAAAGAUUGCUUGAAUCGCUCUUUGUGUAUGGAAGAAGAACUGCAACUGGCAGAUGAUAGAAUUCAGGACCUAAGCGCUUCCAUUUCGGAUAUUUUUGCCCAGCUUUUUGCAUUUAAAUUGGAUGUUGCAAAGGACUUUGACGUUCUUUCUGAAUUAGACCAGAUCAAAAAGCGCAUCGAAUCAUGUCUGACACUCUUAUACGAGGCAGAUCGAUUCAAAAAUCUUACCGACCAGAUAGACCAAGUUUUUUUGGCUCAGGAUGCGAAUACGAUUACUGAGGCACUGGCAGAACUGAUACAGAGCUACGAGUUGGUUCGGGAAUUGCCAGAGUUUAGAGACGAAUCCCAGGUUCAGAAAUAUAGAAAAACACUUAAAAAGCUUAUCAAACCGAGACUUAUGGAGGCCAUCGAGAAGCAAGAUGAGCGGACCGUACAGGUCUACCUCUCUGCUUUGAAGCAAACGAAUCAACAAAAGCAAGUAGGUGUGAUUUUAAAAAAUGGACUCAUUGAAAAAAUAAGGCGAUUGUGGGACCAAUACAAUCACGUAGAAGAACCUUUAUAUCAUCACUCAUCUGACAAUGUACAAGAGAAAGCGCCACACAAGCGGGAAUCGGAUUUUUUACUUGAAAUUUACAAACAACUGCUUCUGAUCAUAAAGUUUGAUUUACCUUCUUGGGUGAGACUUGUUUCGAGCGAAUCUUCGGCGCCGACUGUAUACGACUUGCUGCAUACCCUUCAUAUGGAAUUACUGGCCAAGCUUGAGUUCGAAUUGGCGUCGUGCGAUCUAGAAGGUCUGAUGACAAUUUUCAAGUCAACCAAAAUUUACAUAGAAGAAAUCAAGUUGCAACCAAUUUUUUCUUCAUGUAAAGAGGAAGAAACAAUGCAAGUUCUAGAGAGUAUUUACCAAGUAUUCGACAAAUGCAGAGCCAAAUUAAUCGUUCUUGAGUCCCUGGCCUUCAGCCAAGCGGUAGAGUCCCUGAAGACUAAGAAAACAAGCAUCGAUCAAGAUAGAGAUAUACAUACGGUUAUAGAGUGUGUUGAAGGGGCGCAUGCAGACUUGUUCGAACUGAUACAUUCAGCUGCGGCAAGGUGCACCCAAUUGACGACAGACAACGUAGCAUUUGAAAUGCUGACGGGUUGUUUUUCCAAUUUAAUAUCAGAUUACAUCAUUUGGACGAUUUCGGUUCUUCAGUCGACGAGUGUGUUUAUUGUUCGCCUGGAAACAAAUUCGGUAGACAAUCGAGAAUUGAGUAAACCAGAAAUGUGGAGAGAUGGCGACGAAGGUCUACAAGAAUGGGACAUUCAGUACUUUCAAAUUGCCACCGAGUUUUUAGAAAUGAAUUACGAUUUUAAAAGGCGUCUCGAAGUUUUUAUAAAAGAUCACAUGCUCGAGGCAGAUAAAAAGCAAACUUCUGAUUUGUCUCUUUUAGAGCGAUUUGAUAAAACCAUUUCUGAAGAAAUAUUAGAUUCCUCUAUCCAGGAUUUGCUGAAUAUGCUUAUGUCGAAAAGCCAAACGUUGCUGUAUGACACUAUGUUCAUUUGUAUCCAAAAAAAACUAAAUUCAAUCCCGCAUUUGUCUAUUUGGAAUGCAAGCAAUUCUCCACCACAUGGGAAACAUGGUCAAAUCGUGCCUCGACAACCCAGCUGCAUCGAGCAAGUUGCCGAGCACUUAUUGAUUUUACCAAGAUAUCUCGAACGUAUUGAUCAAAAAAUAGAACUGGAGGUGACCGAACUUUGCUCCUAUAGACCAACCAGUUUGGAUAACAAGGGUCAAAACACGAGUAAGCUGCCAUAUUUGAAUGAAAUAGAUGCACUUAAGAGUAAACGAAGGGCGGGAUUAGCCUGGACAUGCAUGAAGGAGAUUGCUGUAGAGACACAAAGACAUAUGUAUGAAAAAAUUUUCCAAAUUCCAAAAAUUUCUGAACAAGGUGCAAUUCAGCUGGGAAAAGAGAUUGAGCAUCUAUUCAAUGUUCUGUCUGCUCUGAGGCUCCCAAAAAUCACGCCAUUAUCCAUAAUAGCGGAUCUGUGCAAACAGAAGGACCAAGAGUAUAUUCGUUACGUCAGUAGUCUAUCAGGCUUGUCUGAAAAAAAAAUAGCUGUCUUUUUUGGGAAAAUUAGGGGUUUGCUCUCAAGUCCUGGUUGAGGUGUACCUUUGUAGCCAAACGAUGUUCAAACUAACAGCAUGCGGAAUGCACAGGUCAAAAGUGCUCGGCUCGAGAAUACUUUAACCGCAUGUGCUUAUAAAAAGGUGGUCGUGGCUAGUGCAGGAGGUUGUCCUA